UACACAACACUUCGGCAAUUUGCAUGCCUCAACAUAGGUACCCAUGGAUCAUGUCGGUACAGCAGAUCUGCAUUUCGCUUGUUGCGCAAACAAAAUUGUUAAGCCUUCAUAAAUAUUUGUCAUUUUACACUAUAAAGCAAAGUAUUUCCGGCCUUUCGUUUACUGAAUUUAAGCUUAACCGCAGUUCUUCAUUGGAAAAUAUCUUCAAACGGAUGAUCAACGGAAAGAUGCCUAAAGGAGAAAGCAAGAACCAAAAUGAGCGCAACAGAAGUAAGAAGUUCCCAGCUGCCACAGUCUACUUGCAAGUGCUUGGAUCAGGAGCUCCUGGAGCUCCCAGCUCCCUUUACGUCUCAGGUGGUCAGUGCUCAUAUUUAUUCAACUGUGGAGAAGGAAGUCAAAGGCUAGCUCAUGAGCACAAGGUGAAGCUGGGUGGUCUGGAGAACGUCUUUGUCACACACAAGUCUUGGCGCAAUGUCGGAGGACUGCCAGGGAUGCUUUUAACUCUGCAAGAUGCAGGCACAACACAAAUGAUGCUUCAUGGACCUCCUGGAAUACAUACACUGUACCGCGACACGCGAGUCUUCAUGGCAUUUGACAGUAUGGACCUAUUGUAUCACAACCACGCCACAAACAAUGGCAAAUUUGGUGACCCAGAUGAUCCCAUGACGAUCCAAGCUGUGCCUAUCCCCCCAGCCAACGAAAAGACUCCAAGCCCCACGCCUAUGACUGCAGAGUUUGUGUUUUUUAAUGCUGGAAGUGAAGCAACACGCGGCCACAAGCGCGACAGCUCGAGUCCUGAUCUGCAAGAAACGGCAGUGAAGAGAUCUAGAAGCGACGAGUUCACCUCCAACAUUGCCAUGAUGUACAUUGGCAAAGUCUCGCCUAAACUUGGCAAGCUGCGGCUGGAGUUGUGCGUGAAGGCUAAAGUGCCACCAGGGCCGCUGUACGGACAGCUCAAGGCGGGCCACGACGUAACGCUCGCUGACGGCUCCGUUGUCAAAGCUGCUGACGUUACUGAUCCUGACGACCCUGGACCUGUAUUUAUUGUCGUGGAGGCGCCCACGCUGGCGCACCUCACCACUCUGACCGACCACCCGGCACUGCUGCCCUACAAGCUCCCCCACACUGAUGACACUGCCCAGGUUGUCGUACACUUCACGCCAUCCAGUAUUGUAAACACCGUGGAGUACCAGAAUUGGUUGUCCUCAUUUGCAUCUUCCACCCAACACAUCUUCAUCAACGAUGGCAACUCUUGUACCGGUUCUUGUGCUGUCCACCGCAAUCAGAUGAAACUCCACCACAUCCACCCCAGUAUCUUCCCUGCUCUUGCCGACACCAGUAUUCCAUACGCAACGAAAAAUUCCCAAUCAUCUCUAGAAGACAGAGUAUCCGACAGCAACGGACUCAAUACCGAUAGUACAAACACUGCCCCUGCGGAUCGUGAAUGUGGUGGUGAGAACCAGCCAUGGAGGGAUAUGAAAGCGGCCACUUUGCUGACGUAUCACCUUCGCCCUAACUCAGGACUCUCGAGCUUCAACUGCCCGGUGAUGGACCACGAGGCGGUCGAGCGGGAGAUCGCCGACUCAGGAUGUCUGGGCAGCGGCGCGGAACAGCUGCCGAAAGAGUAUCCCGAAAUUACAUUUUUGGGCACAGGCUCUUCCAUGCCCAACAAAACCAGGAACGUUUCUGGGAUUUUAGUUGAAUUGAGUGCGGAUAAAUUCAUGCUGUUGGACUGUGGCGAGGCGACGUACGGACAGCUGGUGCGGUUGGUGGGGGUGGCGGCGGCAGAUGAGGUGCUCACGCGGCUGUGUGGUGUCUACAUCAGCCAUCAUCACGCCGACCAUCACAUCGGCCUCAUCACCGUGCUGCAGAGGAGGAGGCUCGCCCUGCAACUAAGAGAAAUGCCUGUGACGCCGCUACUGGUAUUGGCUCCCUAUACGUUGGAGUCUUACCUACGCUCAUACCACGACCACUUCGAACCUAUCGCAUCGGACUAUCGCUUGAUCGUCAAUCAAACCUUCAUACCAGGGGCGGACAGGAUGCCUCCAGACGAGCUAGCCUCAGUGCUGGAUGUCUUAGGACUGUCUGCCCUCAAGACUUGUUAUGUCGUGCACUGCAAGCAGUCUUUUGGCGUCGCCUUCACCACACUAGAGGGCAAGACGCUGGUGUACUCGGGCGACACUCGUCCUUGUGACGCGCUCGUUCACUUAGGCAAAGGCUGCGAUGUGCUGAUCCAUGAGGCUACCCUCGAAGACUUUCUUGCUGGCGAAGCAAUAAGCAAACGUCACAGCACGAUCAGCGAAGCGCUCGGCAUCGCGCGUAGUAUGGAGGCGAAGCACGUGCUGCUCACGCACUUCUCUCAGCGCUACGCUAAGGCCCCCAUGGCCACGCCUGAGUCUUGCGGCGACAUUUCCAACGUCGCUUUUGCCUACGACUACAUGAGGGUGGGACCGUCUGGGAUACGUGUCGCGUCUGCCCUCUACCCAGAGUUUGUCAAGAUGUUUGCAGAAUACAUUGAGGAAAUGAAAGAAAAGACUGCCAAGAAAAUAUUACACAAAGAAAGGAAGCGGAACGUUCGGUUGGAUUUGCAGCGGGCAUCUUGAGGAUAAGUGCUUAGUAGAAUUUAACUUUCACGGUAACUUUCAUGGUGACAUAUUUCUUGCGGCUAAUCUUUGCAGUUGUAGUAAAAUUUACUCAGCUUUGCGUGUGUGUACAUUCACUAUAUAUUAGGGAAUACAUUUGACUCCACUCUGAUUGGAGUUGUCUUUGGUGUCAGUCAUGUAUUUCAUUGCUUUUCACAAAUUUACUCAUUGCUCGUUUUAACUUAUCUGGAAAUGAAUGUUUAUUGCUUGUGAUGGACGCGGGAACGGUUGCAUCCCGUUUGUUUUUACUCGUUUUAAAUGUAAACCAUUAUUACCAGCUAAAACAUUUAACUGUUCCACAGCCUUUGUAUUUGUGGCACUUCUUUGUGAACGUAAACGAGCAUCAUUGUGAUAUUAUUGUUUAAGUAGCCGAGUUGUGAAAUGGCCUUCCUGAGGUACAGUUGCUCCUAUUGUUGAUUUGUAAUUAAUUGCAAUUGCAAUG